UCAUUAUCAGAUAUACAUGUAAUGCACUAGCGAAUAGUGCAAGCAGAGUCGCUCCCGAAACGAAGCCACAUGGCUCUGCAGGACGAACAAGUAUGACUGAUUGAGUAAAGCGUGCUGAAAGACGAGCGUACUUGAUAACCGCCAGUGGUAAGUCGCGGCCCGGUGAUGCCUGAGCGAAAUGUGAGAAUGGAAGAGGUGGAUCCUGCACCAGAACCCCCUCCACUAAAUCCAUGGACGGAGACAGUGACGGGCAAGGAGAGGCUGAAAGCAAUGCUGGAACCAGAGUUCUGGCAUGACUAUCGUCCGUUCACGAAGGAGUGCUUUAGUCUCAUCAAGACUUCCUUUGUCAGCUGUGCGGUGGUGGGAGCUUUUGUAGCCGGCUACCGGACAAAGAAGCGUUUUGAGAAAGACCACCGCAUGGUGAUCUAUCGCACACCUGUACAUGCAAAGCGGAAAAUGCAUGCCCACACCAUGGUGGGAGCUACUAUUGGAGCUGUUCGUAUUGGUGUUGAUGUGGCGGCGGCUGUUUCCUGUGCACUACUCGGUCAUGGCAUGCUGUACGUGUACCAGAACAGGAUUUCAUUUCCAGGCAUGCUUCUCGGUUCAGUUCUAUUCCAUGUUUACUACAAGCUGUUCAAAGGAUACAAGAAAAUUUUGGCUGUGUCCGCUGUCGGAAUUUUGCGUGGGAUACCAGUGGGCCUUGCAUUAGUCGGUCUAUUCAAGCUGAGCGGUGAGGAGGAGAGACGGCGACGGGCACGUGAUGAGGCCAGAUAUCAGCACUACCUCAGGGAUGUGCUUCUAUGGCGCAAUGAGGGUCUUCUCAUGGAGGAGUCAGUGGAGCGCCGCAGCUACUACUACAAAUACGUACUUGCUCCGCGGCCUUGGCACACUGCAGAGCAAAAUGCUGAAACGCUCAAGCACCGCAGGUUGCCGCCCAUCGAUCCUGAGUAUGAGCAAUACCUAUGGUAUGAACGGCGAGCAGUGCGGAAUCGUAGGAUCAAAAUUCAAGAGAUGAAGGACACGCAGGGUGGUGGUAUUCUGCCAAUAUGGCAACGGAGAGUUCAGUCGGACGAUGCGUGACUGGGUGUCUGGAAAUCCGGGAUUCUAUUCAUCAAGGUUUGUGGAUGCGCCUCAGCUCUCUAGGCGCCUGUGGUUGCUGAGGGUGGUUAGUUUCACUGGCUGUUCUGUCGCUGUGUGACAUGAGAACCCGCCACCAUGCUGCGAAUAAUCCUCUUCCUGCUGGUGCGGCUGCUGCUGCUGCUAUCAAAAUGCAAUGCACACAAGUGAUGAGUGAUGACCAGUCUACUAGACCGUAGCAAGGAAUCUAGUGGUCGGUAUUCACACACUGACAAAUCUGGACAGGGCCCCACCUUGCUGGCCAGGUGUAGCAACCUCGAGCAGGAGCAAACGCCUUGGUAGACUCCUGCUGACAUUGCAGAGCCCCAAGUGAAGACUUGGUGUGACUGCUGCUACCAGCUAGCUGUUCUAGCGAUGCUAUGCUAGUGAUGCUACGCUAGCGAUGCUACGCUAGCGAUGCUACGCUAGCGAUGCUACGCUAGCGAUGCUACGCUAGCGAUGCUACACUAGCGAUGCUACGCUAGCGAUGCUACGCUAGCGAUGCUACACUCAAGCAUUCAGCACUGAGGUCCUUCCUGCUUGUUGUGCUCAUAGCUGUCAGGUUAGCAACUCAUACCUCACUGCUUCCUACUGGGCUGAGGUGUAGCGCGAAGGUGUAAAUCCUGAACAAGAUGAUAUCGGCAGAGUUUCAAAAUGAAAGUUAAAAAUCAGAAAAGAUCAAACUUAA